AUGUUCUUGUUUGGAAGCGGUUGUGGUUUAUCACCUGUGUUCAAGGGCAGCUGCUGGCCUGCCCCUUUGCUUGUCACAGUGGGCACCAGGGGUAGUUUGGAGGUGGGCUGGAGCUUUGACUGGGUUGGGGAUGUUCACGUGUGUUUUGAGGAGAGUGGCACAGCUCUGAUCCAGUGUGAGAUGUCACUGUCCAGAGAGCAGCAGGGGCAGGAGGGAGUGUUGUUAUAUGCCUGCUCUGUUAGAUGCGUAACCGUUCUUACCCCACGUGCUGGAGCUGAGUCGGGCCUCAGGGGAAAGGCAGUUGCCCAGCAAACUAUGACUUCUGCCCUAUUUUUAAACUGUUGA